UGCUCUGUCUUCUCUUUUACACCAACCUCUGAAGCUCCACCUGGCUACGACAGAAGGUGUCUCAGAGUCUCAUUUUCUUUUGCUCUUCAGAACAGAGCUAUGAGUUCAGUGAGUUCCUUCAGAUACUCCAGUAUCGGAUCGGUUGGGUCUGGGUCACUUUGGGCUGGAGGAGGUGGUGUGAGACCCAGCUAUGGCUACUCUUUGGGCCUGGGGUUGGGUGGUGGUGUCCAGAGCCAUGUUGGUCUUGGAUUAGCGUCAGGUUUAGGUGUAGGUGUAGGUUUAGGUUUAGGUGCUGGUGGUGGCAGGUUUGGGGCAGGCUUAGCAGUUGGUGGUGGAAGGUUUGGGUUAGGCUUGGCUUCUGGUGGUGGUGGAGGAAGGUUUGGUUUUGGAUUGUCUUCUGGAGGUGGUGGAGGUGGUGCUGGUUUCUGGGCUGGAGAAAGCUCCUCCAUAGAUGGCGGCCUUCACCCGUUCACCGCAAAUGAAAAAGUGGAGCUACAGACCCUGAAUGACCGGCUGGCCAUCUACCUGAACAAGGUGAAGAAACUUGAGACUGCCAACCGUGAGCUGGAGGAGAAACUUAGGGGGUUCCAGGCCAACAAGGUGCAGGUCACGUAUGACAUGCAAGCCUAUCAGGAUCAACUACAACCUCUUCGAGAACAGUUUACAGAUAUUUUGAGGGAGUCCACACGCCUCGCGUUAACCAUCGAUAACAUCAAACUGGCUGCUGAUAAUUUCAGAACCAAGUAUGAGAAUGAGCACGCUAUGAGGCAGGUGGUGGAGAGCGAUGUAGCUGCCCUGAAGGCUCUGAAGAAAGAAUAUGAUCUGGCGAUUGCUGGUCUGACACAGGAAUAUCAGCUCCUUGUGAAAGAUCGUGAUACCCUAAAAAGGACCCACGAGCAGGAAGUGUUGUCUCUGCGUGGGCAGAUGACAGGAACGCUAACUGUAAAUGUCCAAGUGGAAAACACUGUGGAUCUCUCUAACAGACUGGCCGACCUCCGUGCUGAGUAUGAAACCGUCGUGGAGAGAAACCGUAAAGAGAUUGAGAGCUGGUACACCUCAAAGAUGGCUUCAAAAGACAAAGAGAUAAUAAAAGUUACAGAUGUCACGGUGGCAGGGAGCACUGAGAUUGCUACGAGCCGAGGUCAGAUCCUGAACCUUCAGACUGAGCUGGACGCACUGCUGCUUCAGAAGACCUACCAGGAACAGCGCCUGGUGGACGUUCAGGGGCAAAAGCAGGUACAGCUGCUGGCUCUGAGUCGACUGGCUGGUGGUCUGGAGGCUGAGCUGGCUUCAGUGCGGGACAACGCUCUGCACCAGGCCCGAGAAUACCAGCUGCUGCUUAGCACGAAAGUGCAGCUGGAGAAAGAGAUCGCUACCUACAAAACCUUGUUGGAGGGUGCUGGAGACCUCAGCAAGAUCGCUGGCAUCAGGCUUCCAUCAUCGAGUGCCCCAGCACUUGCUUCGGCUGUUCCAGAAAUCUAUGCAGCAGCAGGUGCAGUUGUAGCUGCAGAGGCUGGUGGGACUGAGGCUUCAGCAGAUGUCCAGCCACCAUCAGCAAGCAGCCCUGGAGAGGGUGAAGAAGGUAUUCCUGCAAUAGAUGCUGUGAGGUCAAAGCUCUCUGCAUCAUCACCUUUCGAUGCCCUUCUUGAGUAGCUGUUCUAGCGCUCCUUCAUUACAGAAGUUUGAAGCUUUCCCAUCUACAUGUCUACUGAAGAACAGCCUGACUCUUCUCUUCAUGGCAGACUGUGAAGUCACUGUUAAUCUGUAUUUUAAGCCACACUAACCACAACCACAUUAAUCAUUAAACUCUUCUCUCUAACAAUAAACUCCAGUCUCUAAUAAACAACUGAAACUUA